AAACUUCCAAUUAAAUUAACUCUCAUUUAAACUUGUCCAACAACAUCUGACUCAAUAUUCCCUCAUUCAUUUUAGGUCCAAUGGAAGCAUUCGUAGCCAUUCUCAACAACAAUGUCCAUAUCUUGAUGUACACAUACUAUUUCUUCAGUUCAUUUGAAAAGCUAUCAAAAUACUUGAAUAUCUUGAAGCCAAUUAUGACAACAAUUCAAAUUGUUCAACUUAUCAUCAUUCUGAUGCAAUGUUUAGCUGCAAGAAUGUGUGGAUCAACUUAUUUGUUCUAUGUCUUUUCAUUCAAUAUUGCUGUGCUGAUUUUCUUUUUUGCACAAUUUUACUAUAAAAGUUAUAUUCUUAAGAAAAAGGAAUUACACACGCUUGACUAACACAGCAAUAAAAGAAGAUGUUUAAGUUUUUUUUGGAUCUGGCUUAAAACUUUUACUGUCAAUCGAUACUCAAUCGCUGAGCUGAUAACAGUGUUUCGGAAAUAAAUUGAAAAAAAAAAUGGAAUUGAUCCUGCCACCAGCGAAAUAUGAUCUCGUUGAGUCAUGGGUGUUUUUUGGAGCAAAUCCAGUUCCAGUAUUGACAAUAUUUGCAGUUUACUUUAUUCUCUUAAAAGUUGGACCAAUGCUUAUGGCAAAUAGACAACCCUUCAAGCUAACAACCACAAUCAGAAUCUACAACAUUGUUCAAAUACUUGGAUGUGCAUAUUUUUCAUCUCUAUCGCACUUGAAAUUCAACUACAGUCCCUUAAAAUCAAUAUGGAAAUGUGAAACUAAUGACAUGUACAUCAGUUCACAUGAAGAUGUUGUAGAGAUUUACCAUCUAAAUUGGCUCUUUUACUGGCUUAGAUUGAUUGAACUUCUUGAGACGAUGUUCUUUAUCAUGAGGAAGAAGCAAGAACAGAUUUCCUUCCUUCAUGUCUAUCAUCACAUCUCAACACUCUUCUUCUUGUACAUAGCUUACAGAUAUUCAGCAGAGGUUAUGGACAUGUUCAUCAUAAUACUCAACAAUGAUGUCCACAUCUUGAUGUACAUUUAUUAUUUCCUAAGUUCCUUCAGGCAACUGCAACCGAGUCUAAGCAAAUUGAAGCCAAUAAUGACGACAAUUCAAAUCGUUCAGUUGGUAUUAAUCUUUGGACAAUGUAUAGCUGUAAGGGCUUGUGGAAUAUCUAAUGGAAUCUUUUCUAUUGCAAUUUUCAAUGUUGCUGUUCUUCUUGUGUUUUUUGGCAAUUUUUACUAUCAAUCGUACAUGAAGAAAAAGGCAAUUAAGGAAGGAAAAAGUGAAUAAGUUUAAGUGAUGAUCAAUUUAGUUUAUGAAAAUAGUUUUUAAGUUGUUAAAUUUUCUGGGUCAUUUUGGUGAUUAUUGAAAAAAUAAAUUAGUUCUCAUGACAAACAAAAUUUUUGAAUCUUUUAACAAAGUGAAAUUGACACAAUAAAGUGUUAUCAUUGGUUAAGUCAUCUAUGAAGCAAUCGGGUUUGUUGUUCCGAUAUAAUAAUAUGCAGUUUUUAUGUUGGAUAUUACACAAUAAUGAAUAUUAAAUUAAAAGAUUUUGCAAUGUCCGUUCAACAUUUAAAGACAGAGAUUAAACUUUAUAGGAUUCAGUUUUCAAUUUAAUUUAGCAUUUUUUGAACUUUGCUAAAAAUUAUGAAAUCAGUUGGCUUUACAAAUCACGUCCAAGACGAUCAAACUCGUUCAGCAUAAAGUCAAUAUCCUUCUCAGUUAUAGCAUCUUGCGAUAUAAUUGAUCUAAAGAAGUUAGGAACUUUACCGUCACGUUGAUACCCAACCAUAAGUGUUCCAGCUUUCAUCAUACGUUCUUUUAUAAUUGGACAUAAUCUUGCCAGUUCCUCUUCCUUUUCAAGACUAUGUGGCAUAUGACGAAAACGUUCCGGAAUAUACCAGAAACAAACAUUCACAAAUUCUGGCUCCAUCAGCAAAUAAAACUUGUCUGGCAUCUCUUUUAUUUUCUUUACUUGAUAUUGAGCAAGUUCCAUUAGCCGAUCAACACGUGCUUCAAAACCCGAUUCACCACGUGCACGCCAUUGUAGCCAUAACUUAAAAAUAUCAUUAUGACGACCACAUUGAAUGACAUGAUCACCAGUGUCGUAUCGAGUGUCAUAAAAUUUAUCAGUCAUGAAAAGAUAUUCAGCUGUCAUUCUGUUACAUUCUUCAAGGAGACCAUUUUGACGGACAUGAAAUGUUGAGCAUUGUAGAGUUGUUCCCAUCAAUUUGUGAGGAUUCCAUGUGACUGAGUUUGCUCGUUCGACUCCAUGCAAUUUGUGGCGAUGUGUUUUUGAAAGCAGUAGA